CAGCCCCUUCAGCCGCUGCGGGGUGGGCGGCGGCGGCGGACUGAACCUCCCGGGAGAGGCUCCGGGCCCAGAACCUGUGGACGUGGGCGCGAUUCUACCUGCUCAUCCCAAAGUACCAGUGUUCCCAAAGGGUUGAGCUGAAGAGGAGCAGGCCCUGAACACAGUGACCAGAGAGUUGGGAAGCCAAAAUUAAGGUACCUGCCAAGAUGUUCCACUUACAAGGCCCACAACUGCUGCAGAUGUUAGAGAAAUCAUUGAGGAAGAGCCUCCCUGAGUCCUUAAAGGACCUAGUAGAACCUGAAGAUUGAACUGAAUGCCCUAUUAGGUUUACGGGACUGUCUUCCACAUGAAUCAGGGAAACCCUUUCAAGCUAAAGGCCCUGGUGGACAGGUGGCCUGAUUUUAAUACAGUGGUUAUCCGCCCUCAGGAGCAGGAGAUGGCAGAUGACUUUGAUCACUACACCAACAGCUACCAAAUCUAUUCUAAGGACCUCAAGAACUGUCAAGAAUCCCUUAGCACAUCAGACGUCAUCAACUGGAAACAACAUUUGCAGAUCCAAAGUUCACAGUCCAGUCUGGAUGAGGUGAUACAGAAUCUUGCAACCACUAAAUUCGUCAAGGUCAAGCAAACACAAUGCAUUCUCUAUGUGAUGUCUGAGACAGCGAGGAAACUUCUUCCUUCCCUGCCGGAGACAAAGAACUUACCUGCUGGAUAUGGCACACCCAAAGCCAUUAACCAAGAGAUGUUUAAACUCUCAUCCCUGGAUCCUACCCACGCUGCCGUGGUGAAUAAGUUCUGGCAUUUUGGUGGCAAUGAGAGGAGCCAGCGGUUCAUCGAGCGCUGUAUCCGGACCUUCCCCACUUUCUGCCUGCUGGGGCCCGAGGGGACCCCUGUGUCCUGGUCCCUGAUGGACCAGACGGGAGAGGUGCGGAUGGGGGCCACCCUGCCUGAGUACCGGGGCCAGGGUCUCGUCUCCCAUAUGUUGUUUGUUCACUCCCACGCUCUGGACAAACUCGGCUUCCCCGUAUAUAACCAUACAGACAGAGCCAACAAAAUCGUACAGAAAAUAAGUCGCAAUCUGCAACAUGUCCCCAUGCCCUGUGAUUGGAACCAGUGGAACUGUGUGCCUCUGUGAAGCAGCCACGAGCCCAAGACAGUGCUCGGUGGGCUGGUCACCUGGCAAGAGA